GCGUGAUAAACAGGCGGCAUACAGCUCGUAAAUUAAUAGGCCAUCCUCAAUCCCUUUCCUCCCUGUCAUAGGGGCAAGGCUGGUCUUAUCGACAGGCCAGUGGCCAUUAUUCACUUGUUUGGCCUUCAACCGCCAAUAUGCUACCUGAAUUCCUGCAGAGUAGUUACGCCCGCUACAAAACAGAUACCAAUACAUUUGCAACAUGGCUACUGGAGACAGCCAACAAAUGUGGCUAUCAACCACCUACCCUCUCGGCCAGCGUUUCUACCGCGAAGAAUGGUAAACGCAAAGGCAAAGGCAACGGCUCCGAUGCAGAUCCGCUUCAUUAUAAUGCGACUACCAAAGAUCUGCAAAAGCUUGCCGAGGUGAUUGCCAGUUCUGGUUUCGCAGUACCCAAGUCAGUUCUCACCAUCGCGGAACGCGCCAUCAAAUUGAGAAAAGCAGUCACCCGCUGGUUCUUGGGCCAGGGCGACUCCACGAGCAAUGAACGUCAUGCUCAUUUCAUCACUGCGCUGGAGCAGAUCUGCAAGACUCUUGAAUGGAAGACCACCCAGCCCUCGAAGCCAGAUGCUAAGCAGCCACCACCGACUUCUGAGGCUCAAAGUGAUGAUGCCGAUGCUGAGAGGUUUCUCAAUAAAUUUGCUGUUCUCACAGUGGAGGAGCCCCGGGAUACUGCGCAAACCCCAUCGAGACCCGCAGAAUCGCAACAGAUCGUUAAGGUGACUGUUGAUGAAGAGGACGAGAAUGAAGCAGCAGAUUCAUAUCUUAGUCAGCUGUUCUUCAAGACCCUAUGUUUACUUCAAGACCUGGACAACAUGCGACAAUUCAUUUCCGUCACCUGGUCGGAGUAUCGAGAUAAGAAAAUCGACCUUAUGAACGCCGCUGUUGUCACCGACAGUGCUUUGCAGCUUGCCCGAGGUCUUGCAGAGGAGGUGGAGGCUGAUUGGCGCACUUCUCGUACGGGGGAAAAGGACCAUGUGCAGAAAGUUGUCUACAAUUACGCUGUUCUUGCCCGCGGCAUUUCUGCGGAACCAUCCGCUGAGAUUGGCCUGCCCUACAACAAGAACAUGGCUGAUGUAGCCAACUGGUGCUAUUUGCCAACUAAGGUCCUGCUUGAGUCUUUCGCAGUUGUUCUCCAGGACGAUCAUCAUCCAGUCUUCAAAAAAGGCCACUUCGGUAUCUAUGAUCCGAAAGCGGACAGAGAGCGGAUGUCUCUGGGUGAGAAAUUCAACGAAGACAAAAUCAUCCUUCUUUCGAUUCUGCCAGAGUUUUGCAUGUUCGACACAUUCAAAAUCCAGAUGCCCGCUGAGGACGUGAUUACUCGAGGCCUUGCUGAAUUUGCUAAAACUAAAACGGUUGAUCUGUGGCUUUGCUUCGCCUCCCAGGUAUUCCUUGAUGUUCAUCAUAUCAUGCGACACAGUACCUUGGGUGCAUUUGGAGACCUUCGAAUGUCUGGACUUCGCAUCCAAAAGACUAUCGAUGACUACCUGCAAUUGUCUAGAACACACCCCCAGCCCAAAUUUUGGCCAAAAGAGGCCGAUGAUGAGAUUCGGAAUAUAAAGUCAGCCGUGAAGGCGUGGGUCAUAGAAGAUACGUUCCAAGACAUUCGAGUCCGGUCGGGACUCGACAGCAUUGGCCCCCCGCCUGAAAAGCAUGCACUCUUAUCGCAGCACGCGAUCCUCUGCGGCUUGAUCCUGUUUAACCUCAAUAUGGGAAUGCAGUACGUUGGCCAGAAGCUCGUCACCCAAUGGUACGACGUUCAACAACUGGCCUUCUUGCACAACCUCGUCAUCAAUACUCCAGGGCACAAAGACCUGAGAUGGCCUGAUAUGGAUGCUUUCAUCAAGAUCCAUGGCGAGUCUCAUAUUUUCGUUGGUUCGCGGCCAAAGAACGCCAAUGAAUCACUGAACAGGCUAAAGUUGGCUACAGGCAUCUCAUCCACUGCCAGGUUCGCCCGCGAUUCUCGGAGCAAAGGAAUCCAUCGCCCUGAUGGCAAGAACGCCCGCUUACUCAAGCCCACCACCGCAGUUGCAAACUUGUUCUUUGCCCGGUACGUCGGCGGUUCUCAGGAAGAUGCCGGGAUUGUACAUAUUGACAGAAUCCUGGACGAGCUUUCGCAGCAGCUUAAUUCGGCCAGCAAGGGGCUUCAGAGGGUCAAUCCAGAAGUCAUGAUUACCCGAAAGUGGUCUCAUACCCGCAACAUUGACACACUGCCGCUUCUCAAGUUCCUGAAGACCAAGUUAUUCGAAGAGGAGCCUGUCAUAUUGUACAAUUACUUCGGCAUGCACAAACGCUCCAUCGAGUUACUCAGGCUGAUCCGAGACAAAGAGCACCAUAAGUUUGCCCAAUAUUUCACGCCGGCGUAUAUGCCUGAUGAGUCUUUCAUAUCAAACAUUGUCAUUCUCAUCCAUAUGGUUGCGGAGGGCUCGGCCCAAAAUGCACGUGACAUGGGACUUGCAUCUCGCAAACUUGGGUUAGUGAGUCGGAUUGUCACGAGCGCUGGCGAGGUGAUGCGGGAAUACUUGAAGAAGAAUGGAGAUGUGGCAUGCAAAGAGCUGAGAGUUUUCUGCAAGAACAAGAAGCCAAUUCAAGACGAUGUUGCUUAUGAUAAGGGCGAAUCGGACAAGCUGGUGUAUUCUAUGCUCAAUCUUGAGGACGUUAUGGGUCCCAAGGCUAUGGCCUCGCUCAUGACUGGGAUCCCGAUAGCCUAG